AUGCUAGUUGUUGCGGCCGUCGGCCUCGUCAGCACAGCUGUGGCUCAGUCGCCGACCAAGACGGAGAAGACGACGGUCUGGUUGCCGCCGCAAUCCACUGGCGCCCGCGAGAGCAUCUACGCCUCCGUCAUUACGGCGGCUCCGUCGUCAACCGAAUACCUGUUGGCAUGCACGACCAAUUUCCGGUCUGCGUCGUCCUGCUCGCAUUUCAACGGCGUGACGCUCACGUACGGCAACCAGACCAUGAAGGUUGCCUUCAGGACCAACACAUUCGACUGCAAGCGCGGCUCAGCCGCCACGUGCUCUGUCCGAUCUGCCAACAACGCAGCCGCCGAGUCCGUCAUUUCAGGCUCCGAGUCGGCGUCUUGGCUCACCGCGAUCACCAUCAUUGACGGUCACAACAAGCUCAAUGCUGCGAAGGCCACGACAUCGUCCACUUCUACGACGCCUGCAUCGGCGGCGACAUCAGCCAGCGUCUGCAAGCGCGCGUCGAGGCCAAAGGGUGGCAGCGGUGAUGGCGGUGACGGCUGUUCUCAAGCGACUGGUGGAUUUGCCAAUCUGCCAAUGCUGAUGGCAGGCCUUGCGACCGCCGUCGCUGUUGGAGUGGCAGCCUUUCUGUGA